AUGAACGCUCUGACAACUGUCCUGUUUUUCGCUGUCCUGGUUGCGGCAGCAUCUGCUGGUGCUGUGCUUGGAGGCUACGAUGGCCUUGGAUAUGGUGGCCUGGGGUACGGAGGCCUCGGCUACGGCGGCCUAGGCUACGGAGGUCUUGGCUACGGUGGUAUAGGCUAUGGAGGUGUCGGUUACGGUGGAGUGGGUCUUGGCGUGGGUGGUGUUGGUGUUGGAAGCAGCGUCGCUUUGCUCAGCGGAGGGCCAGCCUUCACAAAAGCCGUAGCAGGACCGACUUUUCUAGUGAGAAGCGUGCACCACGUGAACAAGAUCCACAACGGGGGUGCUCUCCUAGCUCACAGUGGCCUUGGUGGAAGCUACGGAUAUGGUGGUCUUGGCUACGGCGGCCUCGGAUAUGGUGGUCUCGAAUACAAGGGAUGA